AUGAGGUCAACUCUCCUGAUCACUGCAUUCAUCUCCCUCUUUCCCUCCGUUUUCCCAGCUGCUCUCGUCCCACCAUCGCAAGAUCCCUUCUAUGAUCAACCCAACAAUAUAAGCACCUACGCAGCCGGAGAGGUAAUCCGCUCUCGCUCCGUGGAUCCCCAGCUCGAAUCCCUACUCUCUUUGCCAGUCGACAUCUCCGUCAAAGCCGUCUCUCAGUUCCUUUUCCGAACAACCGAUAACCUAGGUGAUGCUGCAGCUGCUGUUGUCACGUUGAUCGAGCCCCACAACUCCGAUCCAACAAAACUAGUGGGAUAUCAGACAUUCUACGAUAGUGCAAAUGUGGAUUGCAGUCCUUCCUACACACUUCAGGCAGAGAGCGAAAGUCUAGUCAACUUACUCGCAGGCAAUGUCUCGGAAGAUGUCCCAUUCAUGGUUGGAGUCUUAAACCAAGGCUGGUGGCUCUACACAACAGACUACGAAGGCCUAAAAGCCGAAUACACAACAGGCCUCCAAUCCGGCUACGCAGUCCUAGACUCCACCCGCGCAGUCCUCUCCGCCGGUCCUGCCCUCGGCCUCUCAUCAUCCCCCAAAUACGCAUUAUGGGGCUACUCAGGCGGCUCCCUAGCCUCAACCUGGGCAGCAGAACUACAACCCUCCUACGCACCCGAACUCAAUUUCGCCGGCGUAGCUGUCGGUGGCACGGUCCCGAAUAUCAGCUCGAUAUUAGCGACUAUCCAUGACAGUACUGCGGCUGGGUUGGCGUUUUCGGGUAUUUAUGGAGAGUCGAAAGCUUUUCCUAAUAUGACUGCUUGGUUGGAAGAGAAUCUUCUUUCGGAUAUGAAGGAGGAAUUCUAUUCUAUUGCGAAUGGGUGUUUAGCGCAAGCUACGGCUGCAGGUGUGGGAAAGGAUUUAUAUUCCUUUUUCAAUGGGGGAGAAGCUGCGUUCGAGAUGGAGGUUCCGCAAUCUAUUUUCCGGUGGUCGGGGCAGUUAGGUGUUCAUGGCAUCCCUUCCGCACCGCUGUUUAUCUAUAAGGCUGUUGGAGAUGAGAUUAGUCCUGUUGCUGACACUGAUGACCUUGUUGCGGAGUAUUGUUCUGCUGGGGCUAGGGUUGAGUAUCAUCGGGAUUUGGUGGGAGAUCAUGAGACUGAGGCUAUCUCUGGUUCGGCUAGUGCGUUGGACUGGUUGAAUGAGAGGUUGGCCGGGGUCGAGGUUGACGAUGGGUGUAUAAUUGAGGAUGUGGCCCUUACUUCGUUGAGUCUUGGGAGUGUGGCUUUCUUCGGGGAGGAGCUUUAUUCGAUCCUUGGGUCGAUUUUGGGGGCGGAGCUUUGA